AGCGCGGACUGCGCGUUCGGGACCGUGCUGCUUUAGUAGUACCUACAUAAUCUCUAUAAUAGACAUGAUAUUGAAUGGAAUAAUUCCCAUUUCAACUUUUCUAAUUACAUGUAUAUAUGUGUGUGUGUGUGUGUGUGGUAGAAAUCUAUGGAAGCUCAAAACGGAGAAAAUGAAACAUGGACGACUUGUUCCGAAACAACCCAGAGUGGGGAACAGUUCUCAGAAAUAACCCCAAUUGUCCCCCCCCCCAAAAAAAAGAUUCCUAUGUCUUCAGAAUCUACAUAGUCCGAAACAUAUUUGUAGAGAAUUUCAUUAAAAAAUAUCCAUUUUCUUUGAAAGUUAAGACGAAUUGAAGUGGACUCCGGUGAAUUUUCCGCAAUUCCCCACCCAACCCCCUCCUAAAACAAAAAUAAGGAGUUUGCAUCAUAUUACAAGGUCAGGGUACUUGAUCCCACGCAAAAAAUCCGAGGGUUUUUUUUUUUCUUUUUCUCAGUGAAAAUUGUGCAGGUGAAAGGAUCGAAUAAUAACAAAUUUUUCCUCAGCUAUGCAUUUCUUUCCCUUCCUCGAUCAUUCGUUUCCUUUUCCUGGAACCUCUCUAGAGGGGGACUGAUGUAGUGGAUUCAAUCAUCGAUCGCCAAAUUUCACUUAACAGUUAAACAACACUUUUCUCAUGGUAAAACAGUAGUUUUUCUCUGUGUGACAGCAGUUACAUUUACCAGAUGCCUUCACUAAGCAGAAUAAUAUCUUUGCCACUUGACCCUUCUAACCUCUUCUAUUUCACCAAAAGUUAGAAUAGAGAUAACAGAGCUCCGACGAAAUUCAUUGUUCUCAACGAUAUAUCUAUCCUAACUAGUUUGUAUAAUUAUAAAUACUAGAACACUGUAGGAAAAAGUUAGUUGGCAAAAAGGAGAUGACACAGAAGCAACCACAGACAGAAUACAAUUACUGAGAUAAUUCAACUGAAAGAAGGCUUACAGUGAGAAUGUCAACUAUGAUAGUGUCUUAUCUCAACACCACUGCUGUUUAAAUAUCAGGCACAAUGAAGAACAACUACAAUGAGAUUCUUCGUUUGAAAUAUGCCAAGCUCCACUUUCCCUUUGAAGUUCUUCCCAUCUUUGGUAAAAAUGCAUUAUUCCAACUCAAGCAGUGAUCCACAAAGAAUACUUUCUGCUAUUUCUAGUGGUCCAUUUGAGUGCCAUUGGGCUGAGUGUGACAAAAAAUUUGUUUUCUUGGAUAAACUAGUCCAUCAUGUCAAUGAACAACAUGUACGUAUGGAACAAUCUGAUAUAGAGUACCAGUGCAAGUGGACAGACUGUCUCCGUCAUGGCAAAGGCUUUAAUUCCAGAUACAAGAUGUUAAUUCAUAUACGUACUCAUACCAAUGAAAAACCACACAACUGUUCAUUAUGUGGAAAGUCUUUCUCUAGAUUAGAGAACCUUAAAAUCCACAAACGGUCUCAUACAGGAGAAAAACCUUAUGCUUGUCCUGUUGAUGGUUGCCUCAAAGCUUAUUCCAAUUCAAGUGAUCGCUUCAAGCACAUACGAACACACAAGGAAGAAAAGCCUUAUGUUUGCAAAAUACCUGGCUGUAAUAAACGAUAUACAGAUCCUAGCUCUCUGCGAAAACAUGUACGGACAUAUGGGCAUUAUUUUCACAACAAUAAUCAUUUAAAAGAGAAACCUUCACAUUGCCCAAGUAAAUUACUUACAUUUCCCACCUCUUACAUACUUGACUCUCAUUUGGAUCAGUCAGUUUUCUGCAUCCAAAAUAAAUAUUUACCUUGUCCAAAGAUCCUCUCCAGUCCAUUAUCUUCUUUUUCAAACAAUCAUGUGACAUUUCAGAACCAAAAUAACCUUUGUGACUUAACGUUUCCUCAAGACAAAAAAGAAUUAGGUGUUGAAAAUUUGAUACAAACAAAUGUUGAAGACUGUCAAGAUUAUCCUUUAGACUUAUCAGUCAUGCAUUCUGAAGCUUCAUCUGAAUAAAAGUAGUCUUUUGUUGUUGUUUUUUAA